ACCAGCAGUCAAAAACUGGAACACACAAUCCUAGCUCGCGGUACCGAACGAUUCGAAGCAGGCCGAAAAAAUUUUUCGCUGUAUUUUCAGUGAUUUCCUGUGCUAAAAACUCCCCGUCACUAUUCGCAAAAUGUUGGCUAUCGUUAGCCCUGUCUGGAUUCGGUUGUUGUGCCGCUGAACGCGAACGUUUAGGCCGUAAAAAUUGCUUGAAAUAUAUCCGCCGUGAGAAGUUUGCUUAGUACGGAGGGUCUUUUUCUUUCACUUUUCCACGCAGGGCGAGACACAGAAAGAAAGAAUAGAGAGGUGCUUGCCUAUCUGGCCUGUACUGCUAGCGACAUAAGCAAGAAGAAAAAGAAGAGAAGAGGUUUUUUCUUCAUCGCCUCUUUUUGUUAGUUUUAAAGUCAACAGAAGUGUGUGCAGAAACGGCGAUUUUCUGGGGGUGGGUUGAGGAUUCUCACAGGAACCAAUUGCGGAGGACGGCAUUAUCGUUCCGAGCCACCAGUUUGCCGAUGCAGUGAAAAUGUGCGAUGUUUGUGCAGGGUUUUUGAAUCUUCUUGGGUCAUAUGAAGCCCGUCUGGCGAGCAAUGAGACGGAACAUCCAGUAUUUUUGUCUAAACGUGAAAUCGAGGUUGUUAUUGGAUACAUCCAGUGCUGGCCGGUUCGGCAAUGUAUGUGCUGUUACCGUGAUCCUAAGAACUUUGAGAGGUUCAAUUUGGUGGUGCAGGCCCUGGUUUACUUCACGGUUUAUCAGUUGAAAAACAUUAGGACUUUGCUGGAGCGCGAAGAGCUCAGAUGUUCUGUUAGAGACGAAGAUAAAAGCGAGUCUGAUGGCUGCGGUAAAACUGAGUCUGGCAAGGAUGAGGAGGAAAAGGAGCGGCAGGAAGUAGUGGAGGAGCAGAAGGAACGAAGACAAAAUGCGUUAACGGAAGCAACCCUACAUGACGACAACUGGACGUUGUUGGAUAUGGAAAAACUUUUACUACUAUCCUCAAAAGCAUUUCUACUAAACUUUCCUUUGUACGUUGCCUAUAAGCAUGGCGUGCACGCGAGAAUGGACGAAAUAUCUCCGCAAGAAGCACAGACGCUUAGCAUAUUUUGUGAUCUGCAUGACAACGAAAUACCGGCCUUUUUACUGAGAAAUGUUUCCUUAUUCUGCACAUCUGGUGGAUUUGAUGCUAUGAUGAACAGCUUUGAUCAUCCAAAUCUGCCUGUUCCAAUAGCGCACGCAAUCACCGCAGCGAUUUCAAAUCUGAAACUUUGGAUCAACUACCGAUCGAUCAUUCGGUUAUUCAUACCGAUUAGAGUUAAAAUUCUUCAGUAUAUGUGUAAACUGUCUGAUCAAGAUUUAAGAUCACCGGCAACGAAAGCGAUGGCAGACUUUAUGUGGACUGCAAUCAAGGAUCCUCUUGAUUCGCAAAUAACUUUUGAUACUGAAGGUCUAGCGCUAGCAUUCAAGUAUUUUACCAGUUCUACACUGACAAUGCGUUUGGCUGGAAUGGCUCAAAUCAACGCUCACAUCAAUUUAUUCAACGAGAUUUGUACCACCGAAACAGUUGCCGAAGUGGAAAUUGUAGGCCAAAAACUGGCCGAUUGGCUAACCGAAAACCAAAUUAUAUCCCAUCUAUUCGGUCCAAACCUUCACGUGGAAGUUAUUAAACAAAGUCACAUUGUUUUGAAUUUUUUGGCUGUCGAGAAUCAAAUCACCGAAGAACAUAUUACUUUGAUUUGGCAAGCUGCUCAGUUAAAACAUUGCUCGAAACCCAUUUAUGAUAUCCUACCGUCGCUGGUUAAAAACCUUGCGCCUCGUCCAGCUUCUCAUCUUUACUCGCUGCUUUCCCGUCUUGAUCCUAGAGAUCACACCGAACAAUCUAUUUACAUCGCAUCGGCUUUAACUAAAUUGAUCUGGGCCCGCGAUUGUUCGCGUCUAACGCUGAUGGAUUUAGCUAAAAACAAUGUUCUGCGUGAAGCAGCCGCUGCAGCUGCGGCGGCGGCCGCAGCGGCACGUGAAGUCGAAUUGCCAUCAAGUUCGGAAAACUCCGUCUCUGUUGACGGCAGUAAUAGCGAAGACGAACCCCAGGAGGAUGAUAGCUCCGAUCCCGAUCAUUCAGUUGCAGCCGCAGCAGCAGCUGCUGCCGCUGCAGCUUCUUGUCGUGUACACAGAGUGCAGCCAAAUGUAGGGGCUUCUACAAUGGCACCCGUGGCUGGUCCAUCGGGCCUGGGGCAAAAGAGCACGGCUGCUGCCGCUGUCGCUGCUGCCAGUCUUAUGGAAGCGGAUGAAUCAGACUCGGGAGUGGCUGUACCACCACCAUGCAAACAAGCCCGGCACAAGAAUUGUUGCGAUGAAACGACUGACGACAGCAUCAAAGUAGAACCGGAUAUCUAUGAUGUCGAUCAGCGGUUGAAAGAAAAAAUGCGUCUUCCGUUGAUGAGUCGAUCACUGGCUGUUGCUGCCGCGUUUAACGAAGAUGCAGGAACAAGCAGCGAAGAAGACUGUUUGGAUAUGAGCGAGGCGUUCACAGCAAUGCGAAAGAAGAUGCUUCGCAAAAAACGCAAAAAGAUCAGCGGAUUAACGCGCAAAGAGCUGCAAGAAAUGGCGGAAAGUGUAUCCGAUGUAGAGGACAGUGAUCUACUAGCGGCGAUGCUGCCGGACAGUGAUUGUAGCGAUACGAAUUUGCAAAGUACAGUAUUGCGUCACAUGGGUCCGGGAGUGGCUGGUCCCAGUGGCAGCAGCGGACCACCCGUCGGAGAUGACUUGACACCCUUCAUGGGUGCAAUGAGCGAGGGACAUUUGAUCAAUUUUCUCAAUGCAGCUGAAAAUGACGGCAGCUGUUCGUCUCCAUUAAGUAAUAAAUCAGAAAAAAAUAUGGGUGAUUUCGAUGAUGAGGAUUCGCCAUGUGAGGAGGAGUUGGUAGAAUUGGCAGCACGAGCACAAUGUUUGCAUCAACAAUUUCCUUUGCCUCGACCUCGUUCGUUAGAUUCCCGCAUGGUACAUGGGACAUCGCCACAGGAUCGGACAAAUACUCCGAAUAUCACUCUCACACGAUCACAUCACGAGCGGUUGUCUAGUUCGGGCGGAAGCAUCGGUCCAGUGACACAUCCCAUGACCCCAAGUGCAUCCAGCAGUGGAACACCGACUUCAACCGGUGAAAAAAGUAAACAAUCAACUGCUGGUGGAAGUAAGACACCACAAGCACCCACAAAAGAAAUGCUGUCCGUCACCACCACCAGUGGAAGUGGAGGAAGUGGUGGAAGCGGUGGAAUACCUUCCUCACCAAACUUCCGCUUUCCUGAUGUUUGUCAGCCAGGAAAUACACUGCUAUGGGAUUUACUUCAAGACGAUAAAAUUGGACAGCUUGGUGAGUCACUAGCACUCGAAGCGGAAAAGGUUUUGGGUACAUUGCUGUGUUUCCACACUGACAAAAUUAUCCGGACUCGGUUCAUCGAGGGGUGCUUGCAGAAUUUAGCGGAAAACAAAAGCGUUGUGACCAGUCUUCGAUUACUGCCAAAACUGUUCGCAUCCUUUCAGCAGUUCCGAGAUGUUACGACCCAUCAGGUGGUUUUGUGGGCAGAACGACACCACCGAAUGAUGCACCAUUUCUUCAACAAUCUCAAAUAUUACACCAGUGGAAUCGGUCGUAUGGAACGACAGUCCAAUUUACAGGAAAUCAUACUGAAUCAAAAUGGAGUCCCGUUGUACUCACACGUAACACAGAUACAGGUUCGUCUACAGUUUCUCUCGUCGGUGUUCAGUGACGUUGGGUCGCCACGAAACUUCAAGCUUGCUCUUAGUCAAGUCGAUACCCUAUGGACAUGUUUGGCCAAUGAUUCAGAAUGCAGUGAUUGUUUGUUCGCGUGGUUGCACGGACAGGUGAAAGGUGGCGAUACCCAUGCUCUUGGAAUUAACGCUAUCCAACAUUUGUACUUGAAGAGGUUGUCCGAGCUGAAACCAGAAGGUAUCUCCAUGGUAGCCCUUGGGCUUUUCCAGCAACUUUUUACAUUGGGCAGGGAGGAUAUUAUUAGCCAACCGAAUGAAGGUCAAGGAUCCAGUGACUCUGUUGGAAUGGAACACUUGUGGAAGAUAGCACUAAGAGCCCAUAACACUGAUGUUUCGUUGACAGCAAUACAGUACAUCAACACGUACUACAUGGAAAAGCAGCUUAAGUAUGAACAUCAAUUUGUAGCCCAGUGCAUGAAUCAUCUAACACAGGCUGUCGAGGAGCUCACCCGUCAAGGAUCUGGAUCGGAGAAUGCACUGAUGUGUGUGCAACGAGCGCUGAUGUUGUUGAAUACGCAUUUGGAAACAUUUCGCAGACGAUAUGCCUAUCACCUCCGACGGUGGGCUUUAGAAGGAAAAGAAGUUGGUGCCCACAGUGCUCUACGUAGUGAGGGUCCCGGUCCUCCAAUUAGAAUCAUCCUUCAGCCAGCUGGAGUUCCAGAAAAAUCGGUUCUCCAUCUUCAUGCCACCGAUCUGGUAGCCGAUUUGAAAGCUGAAAUCGGCAAGUGGUGGGAAACCGUACAGGGAAAUGUAAAGACUGCACACAACGAAACUGCUUCCAGGACCGGAUCCGACGCAGUACUAGGUUUGUUACUUAGCGAAGGUCCAUUACGAAUUAUCACCCAAGGCCAGGAAAUAACUACGGAGUAUGAUGAACGUAGUCUAGCCGAUGUUGGCUUUAAGGACAACCAAAUGGUGUAUGUUUCCAUGGGAAGCCGCGGUGGUCGUCGGCGUGAGCAUCAUGAUCAUCCUUCGAUGCAACCGCCACCUGCAAAAGACUGUCUACCGACUUUGCUACUGCUGAAGAGUCCAUAUUUUGAACAACUAUUCAAACUGAUGCAAACAUUAGGCGAUAUGAAAUUGGUUGGUCCUGGCGGACGUAUGCAACCGAACACCAAGGCACAACUUCUCUCUCGAAGAGUCUGGGACAUUCUAGCUGUGCUUCCGACAGCACCAUCAUUCCUUAAUACACUUAAAAAUCUUUCGUUUGAAGAUUCCGGAAGUGGAUCAAUCAGUGAUCACACCUCAUCGGACAUCCCACGUUACAGUUUGAAAGAAAUCUUAGAUCCUAGAAAUCUACAGAAGUUCAUGUACUCAUUGCAUAUUGUGGAAAGCUUGUGCAAGUCCAAGUUCAUGGGUAGCUGUUGUAGUGGUCUAGCAGGUAGUCCGGUAACGCCUGGUCCGAUUGGAGUCCCGAUCGCAGCCACCUCGGGAAUGCCAGGCGGUUCACGGUCAGCCAUUGGAACUAGCGCAGCUAGCGCAAAGAGUUUAUCGGUGAAAAAUCAACUGAAACUAAAGAUAUCCACUUCGAAAUCGCUCAAAAUGCAGAAUCAGAAAUUAGCAAAGCAACAAACUCAAGCGCUGGCAGUUGGUAGUAGCGCAUUGGCAACGACUUGUUCUGACGGAAAGAAAGGGUCGUCACCGUCUUCGAGUGGCGAAAAGAAAUUUGAUAUGGGCGAAGGUGGUGGAGAGGGCGAAGAGAAAAGUAGCUCAAGUGAAACGGAAAACAAGGAGAACAAAUCGGCGUCCGAUGUUUCGCCGGAAAAUUUAGAGAAGAAGGAUGAUAAUGGAAAGGACGAUCAAGUGAAGGGAGAAACCUUGUCGGCAAUAUCUGAUACAGAAAAUCGGGCUUCACCCGACCAGCCAAACGUCACAACGGUAGCGCAGCCAAAGCUCACUACCAGCCCCCCAAAUGCCUCGAUGGAAUGGAGUGAGCAGUUUCUUCGCUGCGGAGGUCUCGCUCACCUUUACCAAAUCUUCAUAUCGGGUGUGCUGCAGAAGCAAGCCAGUGCCAAGGACGCCGGGGACGAUGUGAACGAAUGGCGACACGACUGUCUGGCCAGUUUACUGCGAAUCUUGUGCCUGCUGGGCAUGGAAGAGUUCAAACCGGAGAAUGAAAAUGCGAUCGUCAUACCGAAGCUAAAUCGCAAUACGCUAUUGUUGCUGGAGGUUCGAGUUACACUGGAGCGAAUCGCUUCGAUUUUGAACGAGGAAUCGCAACCAUUGAGUUUACAUCACUUCAAAACUGGAUUGUUUGGUCGGGCGCAGGUCAUACAUUAUGCCAUGAAUCUACUGGUGUGCUAUGCUCAUUCACUGUCUGAAGUUCGAUCUACACUGUGGAAAGUGGAAGCCAAUUUAGCUUGGGUGCAACGUUUGAUUCUUGAUGAUCCCGAACCCGCCGUACGAAGAGAAGCUUGUGCUGCGUUGUAUCGAAUGUGUUUGGGCAAUGGUCAAACCUAUUACGAACUGAUGGCACCUUUGCUGUCAAAAUUGGUAGCAUUACUGCCGCUAGCAGAGAAGAUGCGACCACAGAUUCAAGCAUAUCAUCUAUCACCGGAUGAGGGAAAGGAACCGUAUGGCCCUGCAUGCCGGGAUUACUUUUGGUUACUGUGUCGAUUGGUAGAUUCUUUGUCACCAGAAUUGGUAAAAGACUGCGGUGGAGAGUUAAGCAGAAAACCGUCGUCUACUGGUUCGAUUGGAAUCGAAUCGAUGUGUCGGCAGGUUUCGAAAAGCAUUCUCGAUCGAGAUUAUUUGGAAGGACGCCAUGGCAGCCCAGAUGAUGGUCUGUUUGGUUUGCUAAAUCUGAUGGCUAAUCUAGUGAAGUUCGACCCGCAGUUCAAAUUCAGUGAUGAAGGUCAAGAAUUUAUCGCGAAGAUUUUCCAAUCGCUCUUCGAGCUACCAUCGCCGGAAGAUCGUGAGAAACCGAAGUGCAAGAGUCAUGGUGCUCGUGCCGCAGCUUAUGAUUUAUUGGUUGAAAUGUGCAAAAGCGCCCCGAAGAACUAUCUCAUGCUACAUGGCAAACUAUUGCAGCAACAUCGUGCAGGCCCCCAUUCACCCUAUCCGUGGGACUACUGGCCCCGGGAUGAGGGACGUUCUGAAUGUGGAUAUGUAGGCCUCACCAAUUUGGGUGCGACUUGCUAUAUGGCGUCCUGCAUUCAACACCUUUUCAUGACUCCUCAAACCCGUGAUGCUAUCCUUUCGAUUUCGCCAGACGCACCCCAGAAGCACAAGGCAACGCUCUACGAGCUGCAGCGAAUGUUUGCCUAUCUGAUGGAAUCGGAACGAAAGGCGUAUUGUCCGCGAUCGUUUUGUCGGGUCUACCAAAUGGAUCAUCAACCCCUGAACACUGGUGAGCAGAAGGACAUGGCAGAGUUUUUCAUCGAUUUGGUAUCGAAACUAGAGGAAAUGACCCCUGAGCUGAAGUUUUUGGUUAAGCGAGUUUUUUGCGGUGUCAUCAGCAACAAUGUGGUGUCCUUAGAUUGUGGACAUGUUAGCCGAACACUGGAGGAGUUUUACACUGUGCGAUGUCAGGUGGCUGAUAUGCGUAAUUUGCACGAAUCUCUGGAUGAAGUCACGGUGAAGGAUACACUGGAAGGUGACAACAUGUACACCUGUUCGCAAUGUGGGAAAAAAGUUCGGGCAGAGAAACGUGCCUGUUUCAAAAAAUUACCGCAGAUUUUAUGUUUCAACACGAUGCGCUACACAUUCAACAUGGUGACGAUGUUAAAGGAGAAGGUCAACACCCAUUUUAGCUUUCCAAUGCGGCUGGACAUGUCGGGAUAUGUGGAGAAGACAUUAAUGCCUCAUCAUUACCAGGAGGAAAAGAGAAAGUCCGAAUUGAGGAGGUCUUCUUCGAGGAACGUUAGCGAAUCGAGCACUUCUGAUGGUGGAAUGUUGGUCCCUGGUGGAGAAGAGAAAAAAGAGGAAAAGAUUAGCUCCAGUGAUGGCCAAGAUUGUCAAUUGGCUUCCUCGUCUUCGGUUCCGUCAAUGAAUAAUAACGAAGCCUUGGAAAAGGCAGAAAUUCAGAAGCAACAGCAGACACUCGACGAGGAAGAUUCGGAAGAUUUUAACGAACACUACGAAUACGAUUUGGUUGGAGUGACGGUGCAUACAGGCAAUGCCGACGGUGGGCAUUAUUACAGUUUCAUCAAGGAGCGCAACGAGGACAGUAAUCCGAAUCACCAGGAACGAUGGUUUCUUUUCAAUGAUGCCGAAGUAAAACUUUUCGAUCCAUCGCAGAUUGCGGCAGAGUGUUUCGGUGGAGAAAUGACAAGUAAAACGUACGAUUCGGUCACAGAGAAAUAUCUCGACUUCAGUUUCGAGAAAACCAACUCCGCUUAUAUGCUUUUUUACGAAUGGCGCUCAAACCGAGGCACUAAUAUUCAGCGUGAUCAGGCGGAGCAUCCAUCUAGCAAACCAUACACUUGCACAUCAACGUCAUCUUUUGCCUCGGUUACAUCAUCCAGUUCAUCGGGAUCAGUUCCGGCUACCACAAACGCUAGUGAUUCUGCUAUUCCACUGUUCGUCACAUCUGGUAAUCAAAUUAGCGAUCCCGGUAGCAGCACAAACUGCGGCAGCAUUCUAUCGUCAAGUGAUAGGAAAAUGGGUUUAGAAUCUGUUGAUGAAUGCAAAGAAUCGCAAUCGAAAGCCGAAAGUGACAGUAUUUCAACAAUUUCAAUCCCGACGCCAGUAUCAGUAAUCCGCGAUGAAGAGCAGACUGAAAAAAUCACCCACAUACAUCCUAGUGAAGUACCAGCGGUAGUAGACAACCUAAAUAAUCUAAGUAAAUGUGAUAUAGAUGUUAAGACUAGCAUUAGAAGUGAUACUUCCGCCGUUCCAUCGCUGGCGCAAUCGUCCUCGUCGCCAUCACCUUUAGCCGCACUGCAAGCCAGUUCAUUGAGUAUCCUUCCACUAUCGGGUCCUCUGAUGGGACCUAGCAUGCUACCAUCACCAUCCUCAUCGUACUCGUCAAUUUCGUCAUUGUCCGCACUAACAGCUACUGCGGGAGGAAACGUCGGAUUGCCGCUCAGCGCAGUUGUUCAGCAGCCAGCGAUUUCCAGUGCUCUCCAACCCUGCUCAUCGUCGUCAUCAUCGUCAGCUUCCUCUACUUCAUUAUCCUGCGGACCAUCGCUUGUCGGACUCAUCGGCCGACUGGGACCACCGCCUAAACGAAAGCGAAAAAUACUCAGCCAGGAACUGGAAGAAUGGAUCUGGCAAGACAACCGACACUUUUUGCAGGAUCGGAACAUCUUCGAGCAUACGUAUUUCAAUUUUAUGUGGCAAAUAUGUGGUCACAUUCCGCAAACCUUACUAGCUUUGCCAGACAUCACGUGUAUAGCAGCCCAACUGUCAGUGUCAUUUUUCAUUGAGACAUUCAUUCAUGCUAAAGAAAAGCCAACGAUGGUGCUGUGGGUCGAGUUACUUACCAAGCAAUUUAACGCCAGCCAGGAAGCGUGCGAGUGGUUCUUGAGUCACAUGUCGGCUGAACCGUGGUGGCCGGUGCAAGUUCUCAUACAAUGCCCAAACCAAAUGGUGCGACAAAUGUUUCAGCGGUUAGUCAUCCAUGUUAUACAACGAUUAAGGCAAAGCCAUAGCGCCCUUUAUUUGAAGGUGGAAACUGAUGACGAAGGAAACGAAAUAAUAGGGAACGUGUCUUGUGUGACGCGUUUUAUCAAAUCGCUCAUUAUGCUUAUGGAACAUGGUGCUCGCGCUCAUUUACGGCAUCUUUCGGAAUUUUUUGGUCUACUGUACGAGUUUUCGCGAAUGGGAGAGGAAGAGGCUCUCUUUUUGCUGCGAAUUAAUGUUAUCAGAGGUGUAGCUGAUUUUUAUCUGGGACAUAAGGCUCAGGACUGCAUCGAUACUAAUUCCGACAACGAGGACAAUUCAUCGGAUGAAGCUUUAACGGUUGAUAAGAACCGCCCUGCAUCAUUGGAUAAAAUGAUAGCUUUGGUAGCGUCACUGGUGGAACGUUCGCGUGGUCCGGAUCUAAGGUUGCAUCUUUCAACCCGUGAUUAUAACGCGAUUGCUGGUGGGAAAGGGUUUCCUUUUCUCUAUCAGCAAAUUAAGGACAACAUCAAUCCACAUCAAACGCGCCACUUGAUUCACGCUCUUUGUCGAUGUGACGAACGGUUAGCUGGUCAAAUCAUUGCCAUGCUUUUUACGGCUGUGACGAAGCAUACGGAACUGUGUGGACCCUUUUUUAAAUUGUUGACGUUACUGACAGAAUCGACCGGUGGCCCAUCAGGGUUGCCAUGCUUCUCGCAACUUGUACUGCAACGUGUUUGGGAUGCAGCAGAGUACUGUCCUCAGUCGGCUUUGGAUUGGUUAGCUGUCCAAGCGCCCCGAAACAAAAUCGCUCAUACCUGGAUUCUCCAAUCAGCAGAAAGUUGGGUGGAAACGUUUCUGCUGGCGCACAACAAUGCCCGAGUUCGAAACGCCGCCGCAUACCUACUAGUUUCGCUAGUUCCUUCGCAGAAUUUCCGCACCAACUUUCGGGCUACUUCACAUCACAAACUAGCGAUACAUACAGCUCAGCAAAGGGAAAUUUCGUGCGAAGCUCAGCUCAUCUUGCAUACAAUUUUGAACCUUCUAUUGCGAUUGUUGAGGUCCGCCAGGAACUACACCGAUAUAAGUGUCCACGGAACCACCAAACUUACUGCAUAUUUCAAUUUGAUGACAUACUGUUUAGUGUCAAAAACAGAAAAAUUGAUGCUCGGUCCGCAUCUACGAGCACUUUGGGAAUUGUUCCAUCCACGGCUAUCGGAACCAUCGGUACCGGCUCAUCACAACAAACAAGCUUUGCUCGCAUUCUGGUACCAAGCAACUAUCGAUUGUCCAGAAAACGCACUCCUAGUAGCAAACUGUCCUGAUAUCACUAGAAAUAUUGCGUUCAACUACAUUCUAGCCGAUCACGAUGACUCGGAAAUCGUAACCUAUAACCGAGCGAUGUUACCGGUUUACUAUGGUCUACUACGAAUGUGUUGCCAGCAGAGUAGACUGUUGACGCGACAACUAGCAGCCCAUCAGAAUCUGCAGUGGGCCUUCAAAAAUAUCACGCCUCAUCCGACGCAAUAUCCGCUUGCAGUGGAUGAACUGUUUCGGCUGAUGACCCUCUUCGCGCAACGACAUCCAGAAGCAACGGAAUCGGAACAACGAGAGGUUACCAUAUUCCGCAGGACUACACUAACAGCCUACUUGAAUGGACUAGAUGCGCGGGUGUCAUGGGGAACGUUGAUUGCAGCUCUUCGAAUAUUGGUCGACAAUGACGAUGACCGUUUGUUUGUGGUUCUGAACGGGGGAAUCACGCUUUGUUUCGAUGCACUGCAUACACUGCAUUCGAUGUACCAUGAGGCAACCGCUUGUCAUGUGUUUGGUGACCUACAAGAACUGCUUACUGAGGUGAUAUUGCUGAUCAGCACACUGCGAGCAAGUUGUCGAGAACAAAAGAAGCGACCACCGCCAGCUUUAAUGAAGGGACUUCCGGAUGCCGUGCGGCGGUUAGCAACACUACUAAAUACAUUCAACCCGCCAGAAAUGCGCAACAUCGCACUGGAGGUGCUUAAGGAACUGGUCAAGUGUGCACCGCCGGAGAUCAUCAGUACUGUUUUGGUUCCAUUGCUGACCCACUGCCACACACAGAAUGUUUCACACACGAUCAGUCCUCUUGGGUCGUACUUUCCGCGACGAGGUAUGAAAGCAACCUGGCCACCAGUUUCGAAGAAUACUCCUCGUCCGCCUAGACCGAUGGUUCAAAUGAACAUACCGCAAUCGCAGAUCUGUGAAAAGGGGCUUGACAAAGACUUUGACCUCGCAUUGGAACUGUUCUAUCGGCCGUAUCAUGAGUUCUUAGAUAUAAUGUUCCGCGUGGCGGUAACUUCCAGUCAGUUUACCGAAGCUCUGGUGCACCUGUCGUUGUUGACAGGCAUUGAGGCUGUUGUGUUGCAUUUUAACGUUUUCGCCAAGUUUUGGGUUGGCAUUUACAACAAUAAAACUACCAACAGGUAUUCUGAAUUGUUGAUAAAAAAUCCUCUACUGGUGGACUACAUCGAUGAUAUACUGAGAGAUGAGAGACUGUCACUAAAUGAUCCUGUGAUUGCGAAUUUUAUUGAAAUCUAUUAUCCGAAGAUCAAAUCACGUCUUGUUGUUCCUCGGCUGCUAGAAUCUAUCUGCCAGUUAUUACCGGACAAAAGUAACUUGGAAGAUAUAUGUGGGGAUCUGCAAGCAAUACGCAUCAUCGGUCAACGUACCGGGAUUCCGGGCGCGGUUAAAACCCUGUUGCAAAAUUCCCUGCAUGCGGUGCUGCUUCGGUUUAAAGACGAAAUUUACAGUGAUGAAGAAACACCACCGAAAAAACGUAAAAUGACUGCUAGUUCAGGUCAGUGUGGAAGCAGUUUGGCUCAGGUACAACACCCACUGUUACAGCCAUCUGCAGAGCCAGAAGAUUCAGGCGAUCCGAAAUCGAUGGCAGAAUCCCUUCAACAAGACGAACAAAAUCAGUUUGACAGAGUAAAUCAUUCCAGUGAGGAAAAACUAAGAGAGAAAAGUGUGGAAGCAGACAAUGCUUCAGUAAGAGAGCUAUCAACGCAAGACAACAGUACUGUGAGUAGUGAAGAUAAGGUCGCUGGAACAGUCACAUUAGAAUCUAAGCAGGAACGCGAGGGACAAGACACUGAAGAAGGUAAGGCUGAAUCGGAUCGGGGAGGUAUAACCGACGACACUGAAAACAAAGUUCAAUAUGAGGAUGUAGAAACACGUAGUGAACAGCCUGCAAUAGAAGAAACAAGCAAGGUCUCCGCCGGCGAUGACGUGGAUAAAACAAAACAAGCGCUCAAUGAGCAGGAAAUGUACCAGCGAAACCUUAUUAAAGACAUUGAAAGCCAUAUUGAGUUGAUAUUCGAAUGCUUAGAUGACGACGACGUUGAUGGGCAAUCGGCAAGCGAGGCUCUGGUAAUGCGGUCGGCUAAUGCAACGAUAGAAGAAGAUGAAGAGGACUCGGAGGCAAAUAAAAGUAGAAGCAGCUCACUGGCAACCUGUCCCAGUCCGAGCAAGAUCAAGCGAAGGAAUCCGUCUGACGAAGAGUCGAGCAAGAAUACGAUUGGAGAUCAAUCGGGUGAAGAUUGCAGCCGGAGCGAAUUGUAAGUAAAAGCCGCACGAGAGGCGCGUAAUAAAGGAUUUGAGAACAUAGUAGCAUAUAGUGUGUAGCCAGCCAGCUGUAUCAAGCAACAUUUCGGAAACCCAAAAUUGUGAUGUUUUUAAAAGGUAGGGUUAUUUUUUCUUUUUUUAACCAAAAAUAUAUGGCAAGUCGUACAUUCUAAGACAUAAGAAAAUGCUAGUUUUCUUUUUUUUUUUUCAAAAUCGUAUAUUAUAUAUAUAUUUUUCGGAAUCGAAAAAACAAACAGCAAAUCCUCUCAUUGACGAUUGCGGAUAGAAUGCCUCUUGAUGAGUGCGAAUUAGAUGAUUGCAGCGCAAAACUAAAUUUCACUGUCAACUACUUGGUUCCAUUUUAAGGGAAAGGUGCUCGUGUAUUUUCAUAGUAAUUACGUUUCUUAUCAAUAUACCAACUUUUAAUAAAAAAAACAUUUAAGCUCACUCAUGCAGUUGACGAAACGAUUAGCUUUUAGAAAAAAAAAAUACAAUACAGCCGUUUCACGUUUGUUUUCACUAUACUCUUUUUCAUCAAUAUAUUAAGAUUACAGUUAAUUUAAAAAAAACGCUAUUAUCAUUGAUAAUAUUAUAUUCUAGAUCAUUACAAAAUGAAUAAUAUUGAAAAUUCGUAUUUAUUAAACUAGCUAGUCUACAAAAUGUCCUUAAGUUUUGUUGUAUCAUCCUAUUUGAAUAUAGCGCAUAAGUUGAUGUUAAGCUGCAAAAGAAGCUAAAACCGAAAUGAAUCCGAAUUUUAUUCUGCCACUUUUUGUUGAUGUGUAUUUCAUUCUGCACUACCACUCCGGGCGGACUUGGUUCCGUGAAACUAAUUGGUACGCUGAAUUCGUGACUAACUUAUUACUUUCAAACCAGAUCACUGAAAGUGAUACUUGGAAAAGCUCAACUAUUAAAAUAUCUGCCUAAAUCAAAAGCAAUCGCUACCGAAUUGAAAACUGAAUUUGGCAUGAAACCGGGAAAACAAUUGGAUGUCAAACGAAGCUACUUUGUAAGUGUAAGAAAAAAAAAACAUGCAACAUUUAAGAACGAAAUCCAUUGAAUUCAUACCUACAUACAGUUAUAGAUGCAGUGACAGCCGAUGAAGAAAUUACCAAUCGUUUUAUUUUUUCAAAGUUCUCAAUGUUGUAUUGAAUAGGGCCACCACACGGGAUAAGAUCAAACAUUCUGAAACACACAAACUCACAUGCAUACACAAACUUUCAAGUAAUUAUGAUGUACUGAGACUCUUGAGAAAAAAUAGGAGGAAGUUAAUGUUUUAAUUUUCACAAACGAAAAA